AUGUCGCUGGUUUCGGGCCCUGGUAGGGGCGGCGGAGGAGCUGGCACCCUGGAAGAGCUAUGUAUAGACAAACAUGUGGCCUAUAUCCAGAGCCUCAACAAACGCAGUGAUGAACUUGAGUAUGCCUAUACAGAACACCUUCGUAUGAACGGUGUCUAUUGGGGACUGACUCCUUUGCAUCUGAUGAAUCGUGCGGAGGCGUUACCGAGAGACGAGACAAUAGAAUUUGUACUCUCGUGUCAGCACGAAAAUGGUGGCUUCGGUGCUGCGCCUUUGCAUGAUGCGCAUAUGUUGUACACUGUGUCUGCUAUACAGAUAUUGGCUACUCUCGAUGCCCUAGAUGAGUUAGACAGAUCAGGAUCUGGUGGGAAGCAGAGAGCUGCGUCAUUCAUAGCGUCUUUACAAGAUCGUGAAACUGGGGUUUUCAAAGGAGAUGAAUGGGGCGAGACAGAUACACGUUUCCUAUACGGUGCUUUAAAUGCUUUGUCUCUUCUGGGAGAGCUGAAAUUGGUUGACGUCGACAAAGCUGUCUCUUACAUUCAGCAAUGCGUGAAUCUAGACGGAGCCUAUGGUGUACGACCAGGAGCCGAGUCGCAUGCAGGCCAGGUGCUGACCUGUGUAGCUGCUCUAGCUAUUGCUGGUCGCUUAGAUCUUAUUGAUAGGAGCCGGCUUGGAACCUGGUUGAGCGAACGCCAACUGGAAGAUGGUGGACUCAAUGGACGACCUGAGAAGCUUGAAGAUGUGUGUUAUAGCUGGUGGGUAGCUGCCAGUCUAGCGAUAAUUGAGCGUCUGGAUUGGAUCGAUAAAGGGAAGCUUCAGUCUUUUAUAUUGCGCUGUCAGGACUACGAUCACGGUGGACUGUCGGAUAGACCGGGGAAUGUGGUUGAUGUAUUCCAUACUCAUUUCGGUUUGGCUGGUCUAAGUCUUUUAGGCCAUCCGGGUCUUAAAGAGAUUGACCCUGUGUAG